AUGGAUGGCUACCCUAGGGCCGUGAUGAUUACCGACUACGAUCGCCGUAAGCAGAUUAGUGUGCGCGGUAUCGCACAGGUGGAAAAUGUUAGCAACAUCAAGAAGGCUUUCAAUAGACAUCUGCAUUUUUCCAUCAUCAAGGUGAGACCCAGAAUAUUCUAGAU